AUGUCAGACCACAAAACAAAAAUCUUCAUAAUCGGCGGCACCGGCGCCCAAGGCAUCCCCGUCAUCACCGGCCUCCUCACCGACAAAAAAUAUCACUGCAAAAUCCUAACCCGCGAUCCAAACUCUCCUCGCGCAAAACAACUCGCUGCCCUUGGAGGACUAGACAUCUCAUUCAUACAAGGCACAUUCGCCGAUGAACAGACCCUAAAAGCAGGCUUCGAGUCCUGCGACGGCGCAUUCGUGAAUAUCGAUGGUUUCAACACGGGCGAAAAAACGGAAAUGUUCUGGGCUAUUCGUGCGUAUGAAUUAGCGCUUGAAUCGGGAGUGAAGUUCUUUGUGUAUGGGAACUUGGAUUAUGUUUAUAAAAAGUCUGGAUAUGACCCGAAAUUUCGAACGGGGCAUUAUGAUGGUAAGGGACGGAUUGGGGAGUGGAUUUUACAGCAGACGCAGCAGAAUGGGGGCAGGAUGGGAGCGGCCCUGUUUACGACUGGGCCGUAUAUGGAAAUGACUAUCGCCAAGGGGACGCCGAUGACUCCUACCGUUGAAGAGGGGGUUGUGACAUGGCGUGUCCCGCUGGGACAAGGGGCUGUUGUGCACGUCUCCCUACAGGAUUCCAAAGCAAACGGGAUGGAUCUCGAAGUCGCAAUCGCACAUAUUGAUUAUGCUGAAAUGGCGACUGCGUUUGAGAAGGUUACUGGUCAUCCUGCACGAUACAUCGACACGGACCUCGAGACGUAUUGGUCCUCUGGGCCCUUGAGUCGAAAUGCUGAUGCUCCGGCCGGAUAUAGUGCUGACCCUACCGACAAGUCGACAAUGACUAUGAGGCAGAAUUUCACCGGAUUUUGGAAUAUGUGGAAAUACUCUGGGAAAAAUGCCGGCGUUGUGAAGAGGGAUUAUGAGCUUCUGGAUGAGAUAUAUCCGGAUAGAAUCAAAAGUGCUGAGGAGUGGUUUAGAAGGGAAGACCAGCGAGGAAGAGAGUUGGGGUUGGGAGGGUUGUGGGAGAGGGUGCAGAAAGAUAGUAUUAAGCCUGUGCUUAAGAUUGCGGAGGAUGGGAGGAGGGGGCGUCUUUGA